AUGGGUACGUCUGUGAACUGCCAGUUAUGUGUGCCGGACUUUGCGUGGAAGGCUCAUGUCUGUCUGUUUCUAUGCAAUGUAGCGGGGACCGUAGAGGACAUGACGACUCUGUCGGAGUUAUCGGAAGAGGCCAUCAUGGAAAACCUGCAGAAACGAUAUGAGCUCAGGCUUAUAUAUACCUAUACAGGCUCCAUUCUGGUAGCCAUGAAUCCUUUCGAAAAGAUGGAUAUAUACAAUAUGCCCACCCUCAAACACUAUAUGGGAAAGCGGCACAACGAGAAUCCGCCACAUAUCUUUGCUAUCGCAGAGGCUGCUUACUCGAAUGUCCGGAACAGAAAAGUGAAUCAAUCCGUCAUUAUCAGCGGAGAGUCGGGGGCAGGAAAAUCAGAGAGUACGAAAGUCAUUCUACAGUACCUGACGACUGUAACAUCGAAAGAGAAUCAGGAGUCUUGGGUGGAGCAGCAGAUCUUGGAAGCGAACACCGUUCUAGAAAGUUUCGGAAAUGCAAAAACCGUGCGGAAUAACAACUCCUCCCGGUUUGGAAAGUUCAUACAAGUGAACUUCAAUCGGAAUUCACAGAUCGUUGGGGCGUCCAUCAUCAACUACCUAUUGGAGAAGUCUAGAAUAGCAAAACAGGCUCCGGAUGAGCGAAACUACCAUAUCUUCUACGAGCUUGUCGCUGGAGUGAACGAUGAGGAGCGGGAAAAGUACCAGCUGGACAGCGCAGAGAGUUAUUACUUUCUGAAUCAAAGCGGCUGCGUCGACAUCCCUUACGUUGAUGACUCGAAAAACUUCUCAGAUCUCAAGCUCGCUUUGACGGUUCUGAAGAUGACACCCGCCGAUCAGGAGUCCCUUUUCCGAGCAUUAUCUGCCAUUUUGGCCAUCGGGAACAUUGAUUUUUCGGAGGAUGGGAGCACUGAGACCGUCUCAGUCGCGGAAGCGGUGGCCGUGGACAAAGUGGCUGAAUUGUUGCAGAUCGACGCGAAACAGCUGACCCAAUGCCUGCUGUUCAGGAAACUGGUCAUUCGCGGGGAAACAUCGCUGGUUCCGUACAAGCUUCAGCAGGCGAAAGACACCCGGGACUCCUUUGCGAAAGGGAUCUAUGACAAUUUGUUUCAAAGGCUGGUGGAGUUUAUCAACAAAUCCUUGACAUCCAAGGAGAAGCCGGCCAACUUUGUCGGAGUAUUGGAUAUCUUCGGAUUCGAAGUCUUCAAAAUCAAUAGCUUUGAACAGUUCUGCAUCAAUUACACAAACGAGAAGCUUCAGUCGUUCUUCAACCAGUUCAUCUUCAAAUUAGAGCAAGAAGAGUACGACAAGGAGGGCAUCAAAUGGGACAAAAUCGAUUUCAAAGACAACCAGCAAUGCCUGGACCUUAUCGAGGCGAAACCAGCUGGCAUUCUCUCGUUACUCGAUGAGGAGACAAAGUUCCCGAAAGGAACCGACGACUCAUGGCUAGCUAAGUUAGACAACGCCCAUGCGAAACAACCUUUCUACAUCAAGGCUCGAACCCAAAAGGGCGUUUUCGGGGUUAGACACUACGCGGGCGACGUAAACUACACCGUCUCGUCAUUCUUGGACAAGAAUAGGGAUCAGAUUCAGGAGGAGUUGCUGGAUAUCAUGCGGUCCUCGAAAGUUCCGUACAUUUCCAAAAUCUUCCCGAAAGAGGAGAAGGAAGAGCAGGCGGGUAAAGGACCUCGGGGUGGGAAGACUACUGCCAGUACCGCUUUCAAGACACAGCUCACUUCGUUGGUUACGACCCUGGGCGCAACCACACCGCAUUACGUGCGAUGUAUCAAACCGAACCAGGAGAAGGAGGCUUUCCUCUUUAGCGUCGAGAUGGUUCUGUCGCAACUACGAUACUCUGGAAUGCUGGACACCAUCCGGAUUCGAAAAGCGGGAUACGCUAUGCGAUUGCCCUAUGAUGGGUUCGUUCGCGAUUUCAAAUGCCUCAUUCCGGAAGGAUUGACAUACAUGAAGGACGAUCCGAAGAAGAUCAGUCCCGCAAUUGCGCAAAAGGCAGAUCUGCCUGCAGGUUCCUGGCAAGCGGGAAAAACGAAAUUCUUUAUCAAGCAGGAUGCUUUUGCUGCACUGCAGGACCGGGCGAAGGAGGUCCUCAAGGCAAAGGUCGUUCUGAUCCAAAAAGUGCUGCUCGGAAACUUGUAUCGCCAGAAAUAUCUGCGAAUGCAAAAGUCCGCCCGCUUCCUCGAAACUUUCGUCCUUGGAUUCGUAUACCGACGUAGGUACAAGAGGACGACCAGAUCCAUCGUCAAAAUCCAGGCUACCGCCCGUGGUUGGUUUGCGCGCGAUUAUUACAAAAAGGUG